GGAAUUACCAUCUCUGCCGAAGAUAUGAAGAAACGUACAGAAAACGAAAAGCAUAAAAUGAUAAUCGAUUCUGUUAGUGGAGCAUUUGUAAAAGCAGAUGAAGAAAAAGCACGUUGGAAGGAACGACGAGAUGCCGAAACAGAGCGAGAACUGGCCAGAAUCGAGGCGGAAAAACCGUAUAAGAAGAAAGUUGUGGCUCCGCAGCCAAAGAAGGAACAAGAAAAACCUUCAGAGCCAAAACGAACUGUGCGGAAAAUCGUCAAAGAUAAGCAAGCCACACCCGCUGCUGUCAAGGUUCCCACUUUCGCCAUGGUACCUAAACCAUUGCAAGUUCCACCAAAAGUGGCAGAAACUCCUCCUGCUGCCCCAACUGCUACACCUUCAACCAAGGUAGCACCAGCUGCUAAUAAAGCACCAUCAGCAGCAGCUCCUGCUGCCCCAGUGAUGAGCUUCGCUUUUGUACCCAAAUUGAAAUCACCUCCUCCAAAAGCCGCAGCUGCUCCUGCAGCUCCUUCUGUUGGCGCUCCUCAGGCUAACUUGCCCUUAGCCCAACAAAAAAUUCAACCUGCAAGCAUGGAAAAGCCAAAGAUUCCAAAGAACGAUAAUGUUAUCAAUGAGGACACCUACGACUUGUUUGAGGCUGCAACCAACGUGGCAACACGACGGCGCAAGAGCCUCGCGGAGUUGAAAGCACGCAAAGAAUUACAGACAAAAAGCGUCCCAGAGCCGAAUGAGGCGUCGGUAGUCGCUCCGAAAACUGUUCCGAAAGGCGAUGGUGCAGCUGCUACAAAAAUUCGAAAUGCGCUUGGUAAUACAACAAACAUUCGUAAGAACGAUAGUCCGUCUCCGAAACCAUUGGAUGUGGAAAAACCCUCAAAGCGAUACAGUACUCGAAGGAAAACGCAAGAGAUCGUGAAUGAAUCAGCUGAGCCUAAAAUAAAGAAGAGGAGACAGUUGUUUAAGCGAAAUAGAUUUACCAGAGAUCCACACGAUAUCGAUAUUUUGUUGGGUUGGGAGAAGGAGAACACCUUUGAACUGAUGGAGCAAAUGUUUAUGAAAGCUGGCAAUGAACGAGUCAACGCUUCCACGCACAAGAAGGUGAAACGCGCUCCAGCGACAAAAAUCUGGAUAAGUGAUCUGACUGUGAGUUUGAAUCUCAUGGUUUACAUAACAUUUUCACUAUUGAUGACGGGUGCAAUGUACAUAUAG